GUUACUCUCUGCAAUUCCGGCCAUUUCCCCCUCGCCAAUGGUCUUCUCGAGCGGAUGAUCAAGACCAAUUCCCCGGUUUCUUCCAUUUUAUAUUCUGUCAUUGAUAGCUUUGCCCGGACGGAAGGAUCCAAUUCAGCGGUCUUCGACGUGCUCGUCGAUACUUAUAAGAAGAUGGGCAUGCUGAAGGAGGCCGCCGAAGUGGCUUUAUUGAUGAAAGAUGUCAGCUUUUCGCCUAGUUUGAGGUGUUGUAAUGCGCUGUUGAAGGAUCUUUUAAGAGCUAAUUUGAUGGAUUUGUUCUGGAAGGUGUAUGAUUUUAUGUCGGGAGUGCCAUUGGGGCACGAUGUUUACACUUAUACUACUUUGAUCAGCGCUUAUUUUAAGGUUGGCGAUGUCGAUUCCGCAAAACGGACCUUCUCCGAGAUGAAGGCGAAGGGUUGCAGUCCAAGUGCCGUGACAUACAACACAUUGAUAACUGGGUUCUGUAGAGUUGGAGCUCUCGUGGAUGCUUUUGAGUUGAAGGAGGAUAUGGUGAGGAAAGGUCUAGUUGCUGAUGGUUUUACUUACAGUGCGCUGAUCAAUGGCUUGUGCAAGAAUCGCAAGUCCAAGGAAGCAAGACAACUGUUGGGUGAAAUGUCUCUCUUGGGUCAAAAGCCUGAUAUCAUCUCUUACACCUCUUUGGUCGACGGAUUUAUGAGAGAAGGCAACAUUGAUGAGGCCUUCACAGUAAGGGAUGAGAUGGUGGCAAAUGGAGUGCAGCCGAACGUGGUUACCUAUAACAAUCUCAUUCGUGGAGUCUGUAAAAUGGGUAAAAUGGAUAAGGCGCAUGAGCUGUUGAGGGAGAUGAUUCAAAUGGGUUGGAAGCCAGAUGCAAUAACUUAUAAUGUAGUCAUCGAGGGGCACAUCCGAGAACGGGAUUUGCAAGGGGUUUUUCGAUUGCUUGAUGAGAUGAAGAGUAAGGAUGUAUCACCUAAUUUGUACACGUACAGUGUAAUUAUUAAUGGGUUGUGCCGUUGUGGAGAGUCAAGGCAGGCUGUUGGUUUGUUGAAGGAAAUGUUUGCAAGGGGUUUGAAGCCCAAUGCUGUCAUUUAUGCUGCUGUCAUUUCAGGUCACUGCAGAGAAGGUAGAAUUAUAGAAGCGUGUGAGACUUUAGAUAAGAUGACUGAAAGAAAUGUUUCCCCUGAUGCAUUUUGUUACAAUUCCCUUAUAAUAGGUCUAUGUAAGACAGGAAAAAUGGAAGAGGCAUUGAGGUAUUUUGUUGAAAUGCUUGAGAGAGGGUUGUUGCCUAACACAUACACAUAUGGAGCCCUAAUUCAUGGGUAUUGUAAGUCUGGGGAUAUGCAUGAGGCAGAGAACUAUUUCCAAGAGAUGCUUGGUCGUGGUUUAAAGCCCAAUGAUGUCAUUUAUACGAACCUUAUUGAUGGCUACUGCAAAGGCAAUGAUGUUGCAAAGGUCUUCUCCACACUUCAUUCCAUGUUAGAAAGUGGUGUGCUACCAGAUGUGCAAACAUACAGUGUGGUUAUUCACAGCCUUUCGAAGAGUGGGAAGAUGGAAGAUGCUUUCCAAAUCUUUUCAGAGCUUCAGGAGAAAGGAUUGGUUCCUGAUGUGUACGCUUAUAGUUCACUUAUCUUUGGGCUCUGUAAGAUCGGUGACAUAGAACAGGCUUUACAUCUGCAUGAUGAAAUGUGUGGCCGAGGUGUAGAGCCAAAUAUUGUUAUCUAUAAUGCCUUGAUCGAUGGCCUUUGCAAGUCAGGCGAUUUGAAGAGUGCCACAGAGUUUUUCAGUAUCAUCUUAAAGAAGGGUUUGGUACCAAGUGGUGUGACAUACACUAUAAUGAUCGAUGGCAACUGUAAUGCAAGAGAAAUGUCUGAGGCAUUUAGAUUAUACGAUGAAAUGCUGUCAAGGGGAAUCUUGCCAGAGAAGUUUACCUACAGUGCUCUUAUUGGUGGAUGCUGCAAAGUUGAGAACUUGGAGAGAGCUCUUGAAUUGUUUAAUGAAAUGUUGCAGAAAGGCUUUGCAACUGUUCUCACUUUUAACACUUUAAUUGAUGGCUUUUGCAAGCUUGGGAAGCUACAAGAAGCAACUCGAUUGCUGCAAGUGAUGGUGGACCAACAGAUUUUGCCUGAUAAUGUAACCUACACAACCUUGAUUGAUGGGCACACCAAGGCAGGAAAGAUAAAGGAGGCAUGCCAACUAUUCUCAGAGAUGCAGGAAAGGAAUCUCAUGCCCAAUGCAGUAACUUACACAUCACUUAUUGAUGGGCAAAGCAGAGCAGGAAACAUGUCAGAAGCAUCAGCAUUGUUCAAGGAGAUGAUGGACAAAGGUAUAAAGCCGGACGAAGUAACUUACCAUGUGACCACACAGUGUAAAGAAGGAAACUUAGUUGAGGCAUUCAAGUUGCAGGAUGCCGUUAUUGCAAAAGGCGUCCAAUGAGCAGUCCCAUGUAUGUCCCGUUGAUAGGUGGCCUUCACAGAAAGGGUGAUUUUUCUGAAGCAUUGAAUUUACUCGAUGAAAUGCAAGAGCAAGGAAACAUACCUGAUAAUGCUCAAUGCACGUCGCCAGUUCAUGACUGUCACCAAAAAAAGGAUUCGUUGAUAAAGAUCAGCUUUUGAAGAUUAUGGUGAGUAAUUUGUCUUCCCAAAGCUAUUCCUCGACCAGUUCAGUUGAAGGGUGUGAAGAAAUGGUGACUGUUGAGGAAGCUACGUAGGUUUACUCGAAGCAUAAAUAGCUAAGAACAUUCUGUUUGUGCAUACUAAAUUACAUGAGAUCGAUAAAUAGCCCAUCUUCUUCAUGAUCAGCUAUAACCUCACAACGUAGAUAUGCUGGUCUGAUGUAAAUUAGAAGCAUAAAUUUUUUGGGGGCUGGUUAAUCGGCACAUGGAUUUAUUAUGGCACUUUUGGUUCCUUGCUCUGUUGCUUAAUUUCUAAUAUUAUAGCCCUCUCAACCAUCUCAUCAUUCAACAAUUACUGUUUUUUAUGUUUUAUAAUGAAGUAUCUUACUUGUAAAGAUGUUGAAUGAGGCAGUUUACAUCUGGCUUUUGCUGCCAUUUCGUG